UUAUCGCGAUAAUGCGCCAGGUCUAUGUGAGAGCACUGGGCGGAUAUCCGGUCUCUUUCCCGUGGCGGACCGUCGUUGAGGCGGUUUGGCAAAAUGAAGCUAAACAUCUCAUUCCCGGCUACUGGCUGCCAAAAGCUGAUUGAGGUCGAUGAUGAACGCAAGCUGCGUACCUUCUAUGAGAAGCGUAUGGCCGCCGAAGUGGGCGCUGACCCCUUAGGAGAUGAGUGGAAGGGUUACGUUGUGCGCAUCAGCGGAGGCAAUGACAAGCAGGGCUUCCCCAUGAAGCAAGGCGUGCUGACUCAAGGCCGCGUGCGCCUGCUGCUCAGCAAGGGCCACUCCUGCUACCGGCCCCGCAGGACCGGCGAGCGCAAGCGCAAGUCUGUCCGUGGCUGCAUCGUCGACGCCAACCUUAGCGUGCUCAACUUGGUCAUUAUCAAGAAAGGCGAGAAGGAGAUUCCCGGCCUCACCGACAGCGCCGUCCCUCGCCGCCUGGGUCCCAAGAGGGCCAGUAAGAUCCGCAAGCUCUUCAACCUGGCCAAGGAGGAUGAUGUCAGACAGUACGUGGUGAGGAGACCCUUGACCAAGGAAGGCAAGAAGCAAAGAUCCAAGGCUCCCAAGAUCCAGAGACUGGUGACCCCUCGUGUGCUGCAGCACAAACGUCGCCGCAUCGCCCUGAAGAAGCAGCGCACCCAGAAGAACAAAGAGGAGGCAUCAGAGUACGCCAAGCUGCUGGCCAAGAGGAUGAAGGAAGCCAAAGAGAAGCGCCAGGAACAGAUUGCAAAGAGGCGUCGCCUUUCUUCUCUCAGGGCCUCCCAAUCCAAGUCAGAGUCCAGCCAAAAGUGAACUCUAAAAAGUUAAAUAAAAUGACCUUUUGCUCUAAA